AGCAGUCGCAGGCUGUUCCCUGCAGGCCGGGCGCCUCCUCUUCCUCAAACCAGCACAAAACCCCCCAAAACACAGCGCUAGCGGCGCAGAAGCCUCCGGACAGAGCGGCUGAGUUUCACAGCUCUAACUCCUCCUUUUCUUUAUCUCCACCUGCAAACGUUCCCCUCGACCCACUCCUCCUUUCUUUCCUUUCUCCUCGCCCCGGACCAUGUGUGAUGAUGGGGAUCUGGAGGACAAGCCGCCCGCGCCGCCCGUCAGGAUGAGCAGCACCAUCUUCAGCAGCGGGAAAGACACGCUGGCUGUCAAUCACAGCUCCAAGCCCCUCCCCUCGGUGCCCGAGGAGCGCAAGCGCAACAAGAUCUACUCCAUCUUCUCCGGAGCCGAGAAGGGCGGCCGAAGGAAAGACCGAGAUAAAGAGCGGCCGGAGAUCUCGCCGCCGUCAGACUUCGAGCACACCAUUCACGUGGGGUUUGACGCCGUUACCGGAGAGUUCACGGGAAUGCCGGAGCAGUGGGCGCGGUUACUGCAGACCUCGAACAUCACCAAAUCAGAGCAGAAGAAGAACCCGCAGGCCGUCCUCGACGUGCUCAAGUUCUACGACUCCACGGGAAACGGCCGGCAGAAGUACCUCAGCUUCUCCUCAGAGAAGGACGGGUUUCCCUCCGGUGAACAGUCGCCUGUGAAAAAAACACCAGAGCCCUCGUCUCCGAUCAAAACGGUGGAUGACGAUGAAGACGAUGAGGAUGAGGAGACGCCUCCACCUGUUGUUGCACCACGACCAGAACACACCAAGAGCGUAUAUACUCGACCAUCGGUCAUCGACCCCAUUCCUGCUCCAGUGACGUCUCCAGACAGCGAGGUCGCAUCAAAGCCCACCGAUCGACAGAGACCCAAAAAGGGCAAGAUGACCGAUGAGGAGAUCAUGGACAAGCUCCGAACCAUAGUCAGUAUUGGCGAUCCAAAAAAGAAAUAUACACGAUACGAGAAGAUCGGACAAGGAGCUUCGGGAACCGUGUUCACCGCCAUCGACGUCGCUACUGGACAGGAGGUGGCCAUCAAACAGAUCAACCUGCAGAAGCAGCCCAAGAAAGAGCUAAUCAUCAACGAAAUUCUCGUCAUGAAGGAGCUAAAGAAUCCCAACAUUGUCAACUUCUUAGACAGGUGGCCAUCAAACAGAUCAACCUGCAGAAGCACCGACUUUGGAUUCUGUGCCCAGAUCACUCCUGAACAGAGUAAGAGGAGCACCAUGGUGGGGACGCCAUAUUGGAUGGCUCCGGAAGUCGUGACGCGCAAAGCCUACGGACCCAAAGUCGACAUCUGGUCCUUGGCCAUCAUGGCUAUCGAGAUGGUGGAGGGAGAACCGCCGUACCUCAAUGAGAAUCCACUGAGGUGUUUGCAAGCGCUGGAGUUUUUGCACGCUAAUCAGGUCAUUCAUCGAGACAUCAAGAGUGACAAUGUGCUUCUGGGAAUGGACGGUUCUGUCAAGCUCACCGACUUUGGAUUCUGUGCCCAGAUCACUCCUGAACAGAGUAAGAGGAGCACCAUGGUGGGGACGCCAUAUUGGAUGGCUCCGGAAGUCGUGACGCGCAAAGCCUACGGACCCAAAGUCGACAUCUGGUCCUUGGCCAUCAUGGCUAUCGAGAUGGUGGAGGGAGAACCGCCGUACCUCAAUGAGAAUCCACUGAGGGCGCUCUACCUGAUUGCCACCAACGGGACUCCAGAGUUGCAGAGCCCUGAAAAGUUGUCGCCCAUCUUCCGAGACUUCCUGAGUCGCUGUCUGGAGAUGGAUGUGGAGAAGAGGGGUGGAAGCAAAGAGCUUUUGCAGCAUCCCUUCCUGAAGUUGGCCAAGCCUCUCUCGAGUCUCACGCCUCUGAUUUUGGCCGCCAAGGACGCCAUGAAGAACAACCGCUAGCUUUACCCGCGGGCGCCGCGGACUGCUGAACACUCUUCGAAAUCUGUGCCAGGUGUUUCAACAACAUAUCAGUGUUGUACCAAAACAAAACUCCAAGCAUUUCAUUUGGGUCCUGUUUUUAAACCUGUAUUGACCGCCAUGGUGUUGGGGGGCAUUAGAUGUUCUCCUCGUCCUCCCGUUAGAUUCUUGUGGGACUUUGUCUGUUUUAUAUAUGAACUCUUCCAUUUUUUGGCUUCUAUAGACCUCGUCUGCUCCAUAAUUGGUGAUCAGAAUCAAUUAUGGCGAUUUCAAAUCCAGCUGGAGACCUUUUGUUAGCCAGAACCGUGAAUGAAAACGACCUACUCCUGUUCUUGACCAAAAGGAAAGAGCAUUUUACCAAUACACGCCAACUGUGAGCAGUGAAUGAUUUUUGUAGUCACUUGUGCCUUUGUGAUUCCAGCGAACAUCUUUAUACUCCGUCUGAAGGGGCAGGUUUCUGCCAUUGAACUUCCCGUAACCCGAGACGUAACGUUCAUGUGAUGAAAUGUGUGUAUGACGUACUUCGAAGAAGCGUAGCAUUUCAGUUGAUGUAGUUAACCAAAAGCAGGACGCGUAGAUUAGGUAGAUCUAUGUUUGUGUACAUGAACACUUUUCUUGUUGUUUUAGUAACUAACAGUUUAUUACAAAGUGAAUGCAUUUGUCGAGAUGUCUCGACGUAAGAACUGAUAACUAUUUUUAUGCUUUUCAGUCACUUGUUUUGCAAGAAAAGGCCGGAUUCCUGCAAAUUCUGUGAACAAUACGGUCGUUGCAACAUUGU